CCUAGAAGCACAAGUAAUUGAUACCUGCAGCCUCUGACCUUCUGGGUAGCAGAACCAGACGUCCGCUCUGCCCGUACCAAGUGACGAGCUGUAGAAUGGGAAAGAAGUAACAGCUGUCGGAAUCUCGCUACAAAUUUUGCCUGUGAGAAGGUCAAGACCUGCUCUUCUCGUGGAAGGACCAUGGAUCUUAAAGCCAUCGAGAUGCCGACUCUGGGGCGUCCCCUGCAACUGGGGAUGCUGUACGACUGCCGAGACGACCGCUUUGUCCCAGGUGUCACCUUGUGGGAUAUCAAUGACACCGAAAAGGACAUGCGCUCCCAGCCCCAGCACAGGACGGAAUUCCACAUCAUCGCCUCCGACUCCCUGGAAGAGAAGUCCAGCGCUCUCAGCAUCAGCGCCUCUCUGAAGGCGAGUUUCCUGGGGGGGCUGGUCAGUGUGGAAGGAUCAGCCAAAUACGUGAACGACACCAAGACAUCCAAGCGCCAGGCCAGGGUCACGCUCCACUACUCCACCACCACCGAGUUCAAGCAGCUGACGAUGAAGCACCUGGGCCGGCAGAACAUCACGUAUCCGGAGGUGUUCGAUAAUGGCACCGCCACCCACGUGGUGACGGGAGUCCUGUUCGGGGCUCAGGCUUUCUUCGUGUUUGACCGGGAAGUCUCCUCCACUGAGAAUGUACGGGACAUACAGGGAAGCCUCAAAGUGUCCGUGACCAAGAUCCCUUUCAUGUCGAUUGAAGGGGAAGGAUCUGCCAGUGUGAAAGAGGGAGGUAAGAAUAACAUAGAGAAUUUCCGCUGUACGUUCUACGGGGACUUUGCCCUGAAUAACACUCCAAAAACGUACAAUGAGGCCAUAGAGGUCUAUUCCUCCCUUCCCAAGCUGCUCGGAGAGAACGGAGAGAAGGCCGUGCCGGUGAUGGCCUGGCUAUACCCGCUGGAGAAGCUGGAUUCCAAAGCCGCCAAGCUGGUCCGAGAGAUCAGCAUCACUCUGGUUAAUGAGACUCAGGCCGCGCUGGAAGGGCUGACGGAUUGUCUCACCAGGGGCAACGACAUGUUGGCCUCAAAGGCAGCAGCAUUUCCUGAAAUCAGAGGCAGGGCUGAGAGGUUCCAAGAGCUCGGUCGGCUAUACAAACUCAUGUUCCAGAAACAACUGUCAAGCAUCUUACCUCACAUCCGGGGUGGAGGGAAACAGGAAGAAAGCUUGGCGGAGCUCUUGGCCAGGAAAGAACAAUCACCCUUAGGUGCCCAAAGAAUCAGUGAAUUUCUAAAUCGAAGCGAGGGGGAGAUUAAUUUUGUGAAUGCCUACCUGGUUCUGCUUGAGGAAGUAGCUAUUGCUCUUCCUGAGAAUGAACGAGAUAAAGUUCUCUUUGACCCAAACGUUAACUUUGUUUUUGCUUUCACCUUCACCUCAUUGCCGGAAGAAGUGCCUUAUCUAUCCGAGUUGAGUCUCUGGUUUCAAAAAAACUCAGUGCAAGGAACUCAGGAUCUGCCACCAUCCAGUACUGCCCUGCAGAAACCCAAAUUCAGUUUGUGGUUCAGACAGAAGGGAAUCCAGAAGAAAUUACGGAAAACUGUCAUAUCUUUUCUACAAUUUGCGAAGGCCAACAGCUCUAAUGGGAAGAUUCGGUUCAUUGUGGCAUCUGAGCAAAACGAAGACAUUCCAGCAGCUUCAAUUUAUCUCUAUGAACAGGGAGAACUGAUUGACACCAACUUUGAACUUCCCUCCAUCCCCUCUCUUCCCCAGAUUGUUAGGGUGAGGCAUGACCAUGUCCAGUUUGUACUGACCCCAACGAGGGAGGAAAGAGAGGAGAUAAAGGGUUAUUGGCUAGAGUACCGAAUAAAAGACCAGGAAGACUGGCAGGGCAAGAUGGUGGACAGGAACGAGGAAAAGAUCUCAAUAACCGGGUUAAUUCCAAGCACCCAAUAUGAGUUCAGAAUUACUGAUUUGUAUGGAUCAUGGAGGAGCCAAAGCAAUGUGAGUGACCCUGUGGAGACCCUUCCCAUCGGUCCCCCUGAAAAACUUUCAGCGGUUCUCAAGUCACAACAGGUGGUGACCCUAAGUUGGCAGACACCAAAAGACAAAUCAAAGAAAACUGUGAUCUUGGAGUACAGGGUGGAAUUCAGAGAGGAGGCCGGGGGAGCCGGUGAGCAGGGAUGGAGAGAAUGGAGACAACAGACAAUCGAAAAAGAAAAGGAGACCUGCGACAUCAGUGAAUUGAAAACUCAGUCACUCUACAGGUUCCGAGUGUCAGCCGUGUGCGUGAACGAGGAUAUCAGUGACCCCAGCAAGAGCAAGCGUAUCGGUGACCCCAGCGAGGAGAUACUGGUCUCCACCAUAAGAAAAAAAGAGAGGUUCUCGCUGGAUCCAGAAACUGCCAACGAAUACCUGUGCCUGUCCCAGGGCAAUAAAUCUGUGGAAUGGGUCAUACCACCACAGGUGGUGUCCCAGCAUCGCAAGAGAUUUGUAGGGGAAGCCUAUGUGCUGGGCUCCACCGGCUUCAAUUCGGGCCAGCACUACUGGGAGGUGGAGGUGGAAGGGAAGGGACUGUGCAAGAUCGGGGUGGCCACGGAGUCCGUGGAGAGGAAGAGUAGCCGAGGCCAUGAGGAGACCAUUUGGAGUCUGACUAUUUGCACCCCAUUCCACGUGCUCAUCGGUGACGAACCUGACCCAAACAUAGAAGUCCCACGCGUCGUGGGGGUCUUACUUGAUUACGAAGAGGGCCAGGUGACUUUCUUUAAUGCAGAAACCCAGGACGAGAUCCACACUUACCCCGCGUGUUUCAAAGAGAAAAUCUUCCCUUUACUUGGUUUUCAGGGACAGGGAACCCGCAUGACCCUAAGAUCCUGAGACAACCCCCCCACCACUCCCAGUAAGGGCAUUUGUCAAGUGCUUAGUAUGCACGAAGCACUGUACUAAACCCCGGGGUAGAUCAAAGAGAAUAAGUUCGCUUAUAGUCUAAGUAGGACUCUGCCUCCCUACUGCUCUCCUAUUCACCAAUGAAGGGGAACCUGUACCUGGUUUCAUCCUGAAAUUUCUUUCGCUCCCCCAAGGCUCUGCCCAUCUUCCCCUCUGCUUCCCCCGUCGGCUACAAUCUCCUGCCUCCGAACCCCACGGGAGGCUCCCAAGAUGUCGAGUUGCCAGACUGAUCCACUUGCUGCUUCAAGGACGGAAGCCUCUAUCUUCCCACCCUCCCCAGGGCCCGCUCGGGGAGUGUCUCUGUUUGUAGAAACCCAUCUGCUGAUUUCUUCUGCCUUCAAAAAAAAUUAAUGCUAAUAAUAAAGUUCCCAAAAAACCAUUCA